GCUUCCUUCUCUGUCCAACAAUUCUCUCUUCUCCGUCUUCCUUCUAUUUUGGCCAGUCAAUUUCAUUGCUGUUCAAUUCCUCUUCAAAAUGUCUCUCUCCAACAAGCUCUCCAUCACCGACGUCGACGUCAAGGGCAAGCGUGUCCUCAUCCGUGUCGACUUCAACGUCCCCCUCGAUGAGAACAAGAACAUCACCAACAACCAGCGCAUUGUCGGUGCCGUCCCCACCAUCAAGCAUGCUCUCGACAACGGCGCCAAGUCCGUUAUCCUCAUGUCCCACCUUGGCCGCCCCAACGGUGCCGUCAAUGCCAAGUACUCCCUCCAGCCCGUUGUUGCUGAGCUCGAGAAGCUGAUUGGCAAGCCCGUCACCUUUGCCCCCGACUGCGUCGGUCCCGAGGUCGAGGCUAUUGUCAACAAGGCUGAGGACGGUGCCGUCAUCCUCCUUGAGAACCUGCGCUUCCACAUUGAGGAAGAGGGCAGCUCCAAGGACAAGGACGGCAACAAGGUCAAGGCCGAGAAGGACAAGGUCGAUGCUUUCCGCAAGGGCCUCACUGCUCUCGGUGACAUCUUUGUCAACGAUGCCUUUGGCACUGCUCACCGUGCCCACUCCUCCAUGGUCGGUGUCGAUCUUCCUCAGAAGGCUGCUGGUUUCCUCAUGAAGAAGGAGCUCGACUACUUUGCCAAGGCUCUCGAGUCCCCCCAGCGUCCUUUCCUCGCCAUCCUCGGUGGUGCCAAGGUCUCCGACAAGAUCCAGCUCAUCGACAACCUUCUCGACCAGGUCAACACCCUCAUUGUCUGCGGUGGCAUGGCCUUCACCUUCAAGAAGGUCCUCGACAACAUGGCCAUUGGCAACUCUCUCUACGAUGAGGCCGGUGCCCAGACCGUCCCCAAGCUCAUGGAGAAGGCCAAGGCCAAGAACGUCAAGGUUGUCCUCCCCGUCGACUACAUCACUGCCGACAAAUUCGACAAGGACGCCAACACCGGCUACGCUGCCGACGCCGACGGUAUCCCCGACGGCUGGAUGGGUCUUGACUGCGGUGCCAAGUCCGCUGAGCUCUUCAAGGCUGCCAUUGACGAGUCCAAGACUAUCCUCUGGAACGGUCCCGCCGGUGUCUUCGAGUUUGAGAAGUUCGCUACCGGCACCAAGGCCACCCUUGACGCUGCCGUUGACGGCUGCAAGAACGGCAAGAUUGUCAUCAUUGGUGGUGGUGACACCGCCACCGUCGCUGCCAAGUACGGUGUUGAGGACCAGCUUAGCCACGUUUCCACCGGCGGCGGUGCCUCCCUCGAGCUCCUCGAGGGCAAGGAGUUGCCUGGUGUCACUGCUCUGUCGAGUAAGUAAAUUGCCAGCCCGUUUGGUUGUAGCGCGACCUUGGCCCUGGCAAAUGGUUUACAAGUCCAUAGGCCUGCAGGUAGCGCGUCUUUGAGCGGCUCGUCCCAUUCAAGGGAGACAAAAAGAGAAGGAAAGAAAAUAUAUAUAGAGCAGACGGAAUCCCACGUCUGAAUUAGUGAAGCAAAAUGAGCAUAUUUUUUUGACAUGAUUUGUAUUUUUAUGCAUGGUGUAUUGUUGUGGUUUUCAUUUCUAGUCGUAAAAAGCAUCCUAUCCCAACACCCCGUUGCCAUAUUUAUCUUUUACACUGCAAUCCCGCUCCUCAUCUUCUCUUUGCCGCCUCGACCUUCUUCAACUCCUCCCUAUUGUAUUUGUUAGCAUAAAUCCUUUUGUCUGACGGCCGUCUCCCGUUCUCGGUGCUCGUCUCGUCAUUCGGGCAUCCGCAUCUGAACAUACUUGAGUUGUGUUGAAAAGUCGUCUGUUGUGUCAUCAUCAUCCCAGCUCUCCUCCCAGAGAUGCUUUGUCUCGCUGUUGCUUUGCGCAGCCUCGGUCUGCUCUUGUGGCCAGUCUAUGGGUAGACAUGAUGUUAGCGCUCAGUCCAGCAGAUGCCAGAAGGGUCCUUGAUUGGCGUGGUUGUAGAUGAUAUUUCAGCAGCACUUGCUUGCUCUGCAUCCCAUCACACAAACCGCCUUGGUCAAGUGGCAAGACAAGUGUACGAACCAUCAACGGGGAAAUCCUCAAACUCGUCGUCCUCGCCCUGCGCAAUCGUGGCCUUGGUGUCCUUGGUCUCGGGGGCGGCUGCAGCGGGCUUGUCUUCUACUUUUGCGUCGGAAGCCAUGGUCGCGGUGUGUAUGUCGCACAGAAGAUGUCAAUUCUUGUGCCGGUUGUCGGAUUGGAGUUGCGGCGUUGGAGAUGCGUUGCGUGCUGCUGCUAUCGUGGCGGGCGGGCAGCGAGCGACGCUGAGGUGAGCUAGGCUGCCGGAGCUGCGAAUCGAUGGCGGGGCGGAAGAAUGCUGCGCCGACGUCGGGCUCAAGGGUAGCAAUAGGCCGUCGGCAUGGCAAAAUAUUUGUAAGCAGCAGAAAGACUUCUUUGGGGGCAUUAAAAUAUAAAUAUAAUAUUUCAAAAGACUAUUGGAGAAUUUUAACACUUUUUAAUUUUUAAAAUACGAAAUGCUGGUAAAGGCGGUUGAGUUUGGACUGUUUUCCUGAUUUCUACUUCCUUCAUCUUGUAAGUGUAGCCAAUGAGAUGCACCUUCAGGUCCUACCUUGCUGAGAAGAAGACAUUACUAAAUAGGAUUUAACGCUGAAAAUAUUAGUUUAGGAAAUUAAGCCCUCUUUAUUGAUAGAUACAUCAUUUUUAGUAACGAAGGACGAACUCUCGUCACAAGAGUGUCAUCAUCUGGUACCCAUGAGCGAGACACGCGAUAAACAGGCUCUAUAAAUCGAAGGUGAAAUGGACUGUACUCGUAGCAAGACUUAGCGACGGCAGU